AUGGCCGUACAAAGGACUUGCCUCGUCACAGGCUGCUCCGCCGGUGGAGUUGGCGCCGCAUUCGUUGAAGCCUUCAAGAACAAGGGCUAUCACGUCUUUGCAACAGCACGCUCGCCCUCCAAGAUACCGCAACCUCUCCAUGACGCCCCUAAUGUUACUGUUCUCGCACUCGAUGUGACGUCCGCGGAAUCAAUUGCAGCGGCCCUUGUGGAAGUUCAAAAGAAAACGAGCAAACUCGACGUCCUCAUCAACAACGCUGGGCUGGGGCUCAAUAUGCCGGGCCUCGACACAUCACUCGAGGAAGCCAAGAGUUUGUUUGAUCUCAACUUCUUCGGAGCUAUGGCUAUGAUGCAAGCUUUUGGUCCUUUGUUGGUCGCAGCCAAGGGUUGUGUGGUAAAUAACUCUUCUGUGGGCGGUGUCUUCAAUUUUCCUUUCUCAAGCAUCUACAACGCCAGCAAAGCGGCAUUGAUUCAUGGAGGCGAAACUUGGCGCCUUGAAAUGGCACCUCUUGGGGUUCGCGUCAUGACUCUCGUCACCGGCGGCAUUGCAACAAACUUCUUCGUCAACAUGCAAACUCUCAUCUUCCCUGAAAACUCUUACUAUAAGCCCAUAAAGGAUAUCAUUGAGGAAAACCCAGAGGAGAAUCCCUAUGGCCAGAAGCCGGAUGCAUUUGCACAGGAUGUUCUACAACGAGUUGAGAGGGGGGCGACUGGUAAGCAAUGGGUCGGUGGUGGCGCUGGUGUAGCUCGCUUUGGCUUGUGGUUGAUGCCUCAAGGUGCUAUUGACAAACUUUGCCAAAGUAUGAAGCCAUUUGCCAAGAAACUAGAACAAGAGCAUGCCAAGCUUGCUUGA